AUGUACACUGGUAGAAUUUCUACCGAGACUGCUACUAGCAAUGACAUUAUUAAUAUUCUCAACGCUGCAGAAGAAUUAAAAUUGAGCGAAUUAGCAGAAUUCUUAAAAGAUCAUCUUAUGCAUAAGGUGAUUAAUAAUCCACAAUAUCAAAAUCACGUGACUAGAUGUUCUGAUAAACACAGAUCACACAUGAAUAAUAAUGGUGGAAAGAUGAAACUUGUUGGUGCCGGACCUGGUGAUCCAAAUUUGUUGACGCUAGCUGCGUACCAAGCAAUUCAAGAUGCCGAUUUAAUAUUAUCUGACAAACUUGUACCUAAAGAAGUGUUAAAAUUAAUUCCACAUAAUACUGAAGUUUUUGUCGCCGCGAAGAAAUUUUGUGCUAACGUUGAAGCCGCUCAAGCUGAACUUAAUCGAGUAGCCCUUGAGGCUUUAAAACAAGGAAAAGUCGUCGUCAGAUUAAAACAGGGUGAUCCAUUUUUAUUUGGUCGGGGUGGAGAAGAAUUUCUAUUUUUCCGAUCUCAUGGUUAUAUCCCACAAGUAAUUCCCGGUAUUUCCUCUUGUAUGUCUGCUCCCUUAUUAGCAAAUAUUCCUGUUACACAUCGUGGAGUCGCAUCACAAUUCCUUGUUUGUACGGGUACCGGUAAAAAUAAUACUUUACCAGAAAUUCCAACUUAUCAUCCAGCUCGUACAACAGUAUUUUUAAUGGCUUGUCAUAGAAUUAAAGACAUAACAAAAGUACUUAUAAAUGAAGGCAAUUAUCCUUCUGAUUGUCCUUGUGUCGUUAUAGAAAGAGCGAGUUGCACGGAUCAAAGAGAAAUAAGAGGAACUUUGAGUACGAUUUCUGACAUAAUGGAGAGAGUAGGACACACUCCACCCGGAACACUUGUAGUCGGACAAGCUUCGUUCCAAACAGCUUGUCUUCGACCUACAAUAGCUCGAAUUACGAACUUUAAGGGUCUUUCAAACUUUGCCACCAUUCAAAACUCACAACCUGUUAGUCGUACUUAUGGGGGUCUAAAAGACCAAGAUCGUAUUUUUACAAAUUUAUAUUCACGUCAUGAUUUUAGACUAAAAGGAGCACUAAAGCGUGGAGAUUGGUAUAAAACGAAAGAGAUACUUGAGAAAGGUCAUGAAUUUAUUUUACAGGAAAUCAAAUCCUCGGGUUUAAGAGGUCGUGGUGGUGCCGGUUUUCCAUCUGGUCUAAAAUGGAGUUUUAUGAAUAAACCUCCGGAUGGCAGACCGAAAUAUUUGGUUAUUAAUGCUGAUGAAGGAGAGCCAGGUACAUGCAAGGAUCGGGAGAUUAUGCGAGGUGAUCCUCAUAAAUUGAUUGAAGGUUGUCUAGUUGCCGGUAAAUCAAUGAAUGCAACAGCAGCAUACAUAUAUAUUAGAGGUGAAUUCUAUAACGAAGCCUCUAAUUUACAAGAAGCAAUUAAUGAGUCUUAUGCAGCUGGAUUUAUUGGCAAGAAUGCUUGUGGAUCUGGCUACGAUUUUGAUGUAUAUAUUCACCGUGGUGCCGGGGCUUAUAUUUGUGGAGAAGAAACUGCCUUGAUCGAAUCCCUUGAGGGAAAACAAGGCAAACCCAGGUUAAAACCACCAUUCCCUGCUGAUGUAGGUUUAUUCGGUUGCCCAACUACAGUAGCCAAUGUGGAAACUGUGGCGGUGGCACCUACUAUUUGUAGACGAGGUGGCAAAUGGUUCGCCAGCUUUGGUCGUGAAAAGAACAGUGGAACCAAGCUCUUUUGUAUCUCUGGUCACGUGAAUCACCCUUGCACUGUUGAGGAGGAAAUGAGUAUUCCUCUUAAAGAACUGAUCGAACGUCACUGCGGUGGAGUACGUGGCGGAUGGGAUAAUCUUCUUGCUAUUAUACCUGGAGGUUCAUCCGUUCCCGUUUUACCAAAAAGUAUUUGCGAUGACGUUUUAAUGGAUUUUGAUGCAUUACGUGAUGUUAAAUCUGGGUUAGGUACAGCUGCUGUCAUAGUUAUGGAUAAAUCCACUGAUAUAGUAUCAGCAAUUUCUCGGUUAUCUGCUUUUUAUAAACACGAAAGUUGUGGUCAAUGCACACCGUGCAGAGAAGGGACAGGCUGGCUUAUGAAUAUGAUGUCACGUUUCGAAAAAGGGUAUGCUGUUCCUAGAGAGAUUGAUAUGAUCGAAGAAUUAACCAAACAAAUUGAGGGUCAUACUAUUUGUGCUCUUGGUGAUGCUGCUGCUUGGCCAGUCCAAGGGUUAAUCCGUCAUUUUAGACCAGAAUUAGAGGCUCGUAUGAGAUCUUAUGCUAUAGCAACUCCAGAUAAAGAUUUAUCAAAAUUAUCUUCAGCGGCUCCUGGUCUUUCUCCUGGUAUUUUAUAA